AAAAAAAAAAAAAAAAAUCUACACUUAUCUCUCUCCACCCCCACCUUCCUCUUCCUUCUUCCUUCAACCACUUGCUUGCUUCUCUCCCCUGGCCCUAACUCCAUCAAUUCCUUCUUUCCAAUUCUAAAUUCAGCAAUUAACCAUAUUAUUCCAUCAUGAGGAAGAGACAAGUCGUGAUUAGGAGGUCGUCGGCAGAGGCGCCGUCGUCGAGGAGCAGUAGCACGGCAGACAGCAACUCGUCGUCGGUGUCUAGCUACACGGUGAGGAGCGUGAGGUACGGCGAGUGCCAGAAGAACCACGCCGCCAACGUCGGCGGGUACGCCGUGGACGGCUGCCGGGAGUUCAUGGCUAGCAAUGGUGAGGAAGGGACGACGGCGGCCCUGACGUGCGCCGCCUGUGGGUGCCACAGGAACUUCCACCGGAGGGAAGUCGACACGGAGGUUCCGCUCGCCGCCAUCGAGUACCAUCCGCACCACCGCCACCACCCUCCGCCGCCAGCACCGCUCUCGGCGGCGCCCCCUCGCAGCCCGAAUUCCGCCUCCCCGCCUCCGAUCUCGUCCUCCUACUACCCUUCCGCUCCCCACAUGCUGCUGGCUCUGUCCGGGUCGGGACCCGGCGAAAACCCUAAUCCGAAUCUCGCAACCGUUUCCCCCCACCACAACGGCUCGUCGUCGAGGAAGCGGUUCAGAUCCAGGUUCACCCAGCACCAGAAGGAGCGGAUGCACGAGUUCGCGGAGCGGGUCGGGUGGAAGAUGCAGAAGAGCGACGAGGAUUUGGUGCUGGAAUUCUGCAACGAGGUCAAGGUGGAUAAAGGGGUUCUUAAAGUCUGGAUGCAUAACAACAAGAACACCUUCGCCAAAACCCGGGUCAGUGGUAGUAGUAAUAAUACCAAUAAUAGCCUCGACCACCACCAUAGCGCCGCCGCAAGCGCCGGCGGCGUCGGCAAUAACGGGGAUGGUUUGAAUCACGGUAACAACUACCACCACCGUCUGUUUGAGAGUGAUAAUGUCGGCGGCGCGAAUGGGUCAUCUUCAUCAUCUUGA